GUAUAAAGCUCGCCGGCACUGUCAGCUGGCAUCACUCGUGGCUGGUUCUCGUCUGGCUCUCCUCCGCUUUCGCUCUCUCGCUCUCCCUCCGUGAUGGCGAUGUCUCUGUUGGUCGUUCUCGCUGCUCUUUUGGGCGCUGCCAACGCGCAGGUAGGAUACAACGUGCCAGCUCCCAAUGGGCCCGGAUACUCAUACGGCGCCCCAGACCUCCAGGCCGACGCCUCCAGCUUCAACGUCGCCGCAGCCGAGGACCCCAUCGCCGCCCUGGCCGCCAACAUCCCCGGCGGAGGCGUCCCUGGCGAGGACUACCCCAUCCUGGCCUCCGUCCCCGACACCGGCUUCUCCUGCGAGGAACAGGAAUUCCCAGGCUACUACGCUGACACCGCCCCCGAGGCCGGCUGCCAAGUGUUCCACAUCUGCCAGUUCGACGGCCGCCAGGACGCCUUCCUGUGCCCCAACGGCACCAUCUUCAACCAGCAGUACUUCGUGUGCGACUGGUGGUUCAACGUGGACUGCGCCGCGUCCGAACAGUUCGUCGGCCUCAACGCCGACAUCGGGAAGGUCCCCGACAACGCGGCCGCCGCCUCCGACGUCUCCCUCGCCACCUCCUACGGCGCUCCUCAGGCUCAGGCCUCGGCCCAGGUCCCCGUGCAGGCUCCCAACCAGUUCUACGGCGCUCCCAAUGGCUUCUAAGAUUGCUCUAUCACACCUUGAUUCUGAUGAGGACUAUAUAUGCAUAUACUAUAGUAUUUAUGUAAAAACACUA